AUGCAAUUUGAUGGACGUAGUGGUGGAGAAGGUGAUGCAGAAGGGGUCCAAGGUGCUGGGGCAGCUGCAGUUAACACCCCUAGCAUCGUCAGUGAUGACGAGCUGAUGGCUUUAGAGAAGCGGGAGUCACUUAUUGUACUUCAGGAUGCGGUGUGGUCUGUCAGCUCCGCUAAGCAUGGAAACGGUGUCAUGUGUCUUUUAGAUGGAUCGCACAACACGUUCUGGCAAUCCGACGGUGUCGUCCCACAUGUCAUUUCCAUUGAUUUUGCGCUCCUCAAGCCUGUGGCAGCCGUCGCUUUGUAUCUUGACUGUGCGGAGGACAAUAGCUACACCCCGCGGAGGAUGCGAGUGCAAGCUGGUACACACAAUGGUGACAUGGCCGACGUUGCAACCGUGACAGUAGACGAUCCGCGGGGUUGGGUACUCAUUAGAAUGCAGACUGAAGCCGAGACACCUUCCUCAUGGAAUACCCCUGCAGCACAUAGUGACGAUGCUAAGGCGGAUAUCGAAAACGAUAUGCCCCUUGAUAACGCUGAUUUCGAAGAAUUUAUUCAAGAUGGUGUGUGGUGCACGCGAGUACGCGUUAUUGUGGAGGAAAACCGACAAGAGGGCCGCGAUUGUCAUGUUCGCGGACUCCGUGUUUUAGGACACAUAAAACAAAGUCUUUUUACGACGGCCUCCUUCACACAGAACCUUCAUCUUCGCUGA